UCGGCGCAGUUGCGACAGCGCGACCCCCUCCCCCCGGCGCUAUAAAGCGGCCGGUGGCCCCGCGGCGCGCUCGCUUCCCUGGCUCCCUGCGCGCCCGGACUCCCGGUCAGGUCUGCGCGCGUCUCCCGGUGAGCGAUUCCUGGGCGCGAUGGAGUGGGUGUGGGCACUCGUGCUGCUGGCUGCGCUGGGCAGCGCUCGGGCGGAGCGCGACUGCCGGGUGAGCAGCUUCCGAGUAAAGGAGAACUUCGACAAGGCUCGGUUCGCCGGGACCUGGUAUGCCAUGGCCAAGAAGGACCCCGAGGGCCUCUUUCUGCAGGACAACAUCAUCGCCGAGUUCUCCGUGGACGAGAACGGCCAGAUGAGCGCCACCGCCAAGGGCCGAGUCCGUCUGUUGAACAACUGGGACGUGUGCGCAGACAUGGUGGGCACCUUCACAGACACGGAGGACCCUGCCAAGUUCAAGAUGAAGUACUGGGGUGUAGCGUCCUUUCUCCAGAGAGGAAAUGACGACCACUGGAUCAUCGACACGGACUAUGACACCUACGCCGUGCAGUACUCCUGCCGCCUCCUGAACUUCGACGGCACCUGUGCUGACAGCUACUCCUUCGUGUUUGCCCGCAACCCCUACGGCCUGCCUCCAGAAGUGCAGAAGGUCGUGAGGCGGAGGCAGGAGGAGCUGUGCCUGGGCAGGCAGUAUAGGCUGAUUAUGCACAAUGGUUACUGUGAUGGCAAAUCAGAAAGAAACCUUUUGUAGCAACAUCAAGGAGGUCAAGUUUCAUUUGAAAACUUCCCACUUUCGCUCAGCCUUCAACUCUAUUUAUCGUAGUUUAGUCUGGCCCUCUCUCCUCCCCUCUUCCUCAGGAAACAUAAAACCUUCAGGACACAUAAAAAUACAUGUGGGAACAAGUGAAGCCAUUUGCAGUCAGAUGUAUGUUUUUUUCUGGGGUUUUCUAGGGAAUCGUUUGAGGCUUAGGAUUCCAGACUUUGAAUUAUUAAAACGUAGUCUCCUGUUUCCUAUGAUGUGGGUGUUCAUUUGUGUCCACAUGUUGUCGAAGUGAGAAGUCCUGCAGAUGGUUGGGUAGGAUGCGCUUCUAUACCCCUGGAGGUGUUCUUGCCUCCCUGGUUCUUUAUGAUCUUGGCCUAUUCUGGUGCCUGAUCUCCAUUAGUGACAGUGGCUUCUCCCAACUUCCUGCAAAGGGUGUUCUCCAUUAACCCAGGAAGGCCCUAGCUGCCAGCCUGACCAAGGCACCGGGGCUAAAACAGCAGGUGAGUGAGUGUGGGCCAGGCCAGGCCCAUGAGCCCAAAGCCCCGGGCAGCCCAGGGCCAGGGAAGGGGCAGCAUGGCUGGCUCACCUGGGUGUGUGUGAGAGGCAUGGGACUGGGUCAGCUCUGGCAAACAUCCCAGCCGCCCACUGUUUCUAGCACUUAAUUCACUUAUUUCAUAUGCGGCCAAAAUGUUGAGGAGAGGAGGCCUUGGGCUUCCCUGAGGGAAUUAGAACAUGGGGCCCUCGGAAGCCAGGUCUGGGGGAAGCUCCCAGUGCUCCCUACCUGGACUUGGAGCAGCAGGAAAGAGCAUGGUGGGUGGCGGUGAGCACCAGGACCCCACACCAUCAGCAGUACUUGUGAACAUCACUGUUCAAUUGCUGCAAAGCCAUUUGCCCCAGUUUCCCAGGAACUCCCAGGAGGCUUUGGUGCCAGAGUCUUUAAGUCCAAGUCCAGUUCUGACAUAGUAGCUGUGUGAUUUGAGCUGAUUACAUGGCUUUUCUGAGCCUCACUUUUCUCUUAUGAAACACGGGGAAACAGUAUCUUCCUGAUGGGAUGCAGUGAGGAUUCAAUUAGAGCACGUAGGAGCUGUGCAAACACUGGCCAGGCAUGGCUAACAGCUAUGAAAUGUGUCAGGUGGGGAAGGACACCUUUUUCCCCUGUGUGCAGAGAUCUCUGCAUGGGUGCUGGCCUAUCAAGGGCCCAUGGGAGGCUCCUGGGUCCCCCACCCCAGUGUGCUUGUCCUCCCACCAAGGAAGGAGGAAACAGGUGACCAUGUAUGGGAAAGGCCUACCUGUAUCACACAGAGCAGCAGAUUGUCAGAGCCAGGCCCUUCAGCCUCAGUUUGACAACCCAGAGACCCAUAAGAUAGCCACACAUCACUUCAAAAUAGUUUUAAUUCAUCAAGUCUAUUAACUAAAGAUGAACAGAAAAUCCCUGUCCUCUUGUCCUCGAGCACCAUGAGACCUACUGCAGAAGAAGCUAUUCAAGAAACUCCACAAGCAAUGGAACUACUGCUGCUGAUGUACUUGACAACAAAGCCAUGUUGAGCACCUCCUAUGUACCAGGCCCCAAGCUACUGCGCAUUCCAAGCACGGGCCCAACUUCCAUGUGAUGGCAUGUCCCAUGGUUCUGUUUGGCUCUGGUUUCUUCUUUCUCUUCUCUCCCAGGAAUAAUUCCUAAAAGCUUAGACCUGUAAACACGAUCUGAUGACUCGCCCCAUUGCACCUUCAGACCCACACUCCACAACCUGGCAUCCAACGACCUACUCUCCAUUUGGAUCUCACUGGAUUUCACACUCACACAAGCCUCAAAUAAAAUCCUUGGCUCUCCCACCCCCCAGGCUUCCCCCCCUUGUUGUUGGUUGGCCCACUAUCCAACCAGUGUCAGUCUACAAAUCUAGAAGUCACCCUUGCAUCCUGUCUUUCCCUCACAUUGUACAUCUCAUCCAUCAAUAAAUCGUGCUUGCUCCAUC